AUGGCCUCUCAACCGGGUACUGUGACUUACGCUGAUGGAGUCGCUAUUCUUCAGCUCAUCAUAUUCCCAUUCGUCACUGCUGCUGGGAUUUUCAUCUGGCGUCGAACCGGCUGGAGGGUCGGCAGCAAGAUUUGGCGAUACCCCGUCACCCUUUCUCUUAUCCGGAUCGCUGGCAGCAUUUGUUCGUUGAUCAGCAUCAACCAUGACUCGAAAAAUGUGGAGAUUGCCAGAAUCGUGUGCGAGAUGAUCGGCAUUGCACCCCUGCUACUGACCUACGUCGGAUUGUUGCGACAAAUCGAUGCGGACGGAAGACUGCCUCUCCGGUAUCUCAACGUGCUGAGCAUCGUCUGCAUUAUUGGUCUGAUCCUCGGCAUCGCGGGAGUCAGUAGCACCAGUGGCGACAAUACAGCCGAUGGAUUUCAUGCAAGUGCGAUCGUCAAGGCAUCCAUGGGGAUUUUCCUCGCUGUUUUCGCCAUUAUCGCUCUCACGGCCAGUUGGCUAUUCCUCCAGCUCCAUGGGGCAUUGCGGCAAUUCCAGAAGAAGCUGUUCCUCGCCCUUGUUCUCUCUUUCCCCUUCUUGCUCGUCCGGGUAGUGUACUCGGCGAUGAGCGAUUAUUCCAAUAACCGCCACUUUGACGUUUACUACGGCAACACUACCAUUUACCUCUGCAUGAACGUGCUGGAGGAGAUCGUUGCCAUGGUGAUCACCGUGGUGCUUGGGAUGUCCGCUGUCCUUUCAAGGGACUUCAUCCAGCCCACCUCCGUGCCGAUGGACUCGGAGCCGAAGUAUGAUCAUGCUUAA